UUCAUUACCCGAGUGGACUUCGUAAGACUGGCUCUCAAAAUGUCGAGAGCUCUACAUGUUAUUAUAUUUGCAUCACUUUUAUGCGUUUCUGCUGUAGCUUCGUCGAAACCUCAUGGCAAUAAGACCACCUGCCAAGAAUAUACGAAAGGUCUAACCUUCAACGAUACCCAGGCUAUCGGCACAUGGCAUUUGCUGCAUUAUAGCACCGAGAAAUCUAAUGGCAGUGGAGACCCUCACUGUGUAGAAUUUACUCCUGUCGGUGAACAGGAACGCAAAGAGCUCGCAGAACGUAUUGACAAGUAUGUAGAAAACAUGAAAUGGGAAAGUUUAACGUUGAAGAUGCAGAUUCCGUGUAGCGGCAUGGGCAGCAACCGGACUCGGGACUACUAUCUGGAGCGGCUCGAGGGUGACGGCUCUUAUAGAACAUUACAAAUGCCGUCUCCCGCAGCUAAAUUAGACUUGGCGGAAUUCCACCGGUACCCUAUGCGUCUGAAGAUUAUUGAAGGACAUUACCUCGGCAUGAUGGACUGCCACGAGAAGUUCGUGUUUCUACUCGGCAAACAACCGCCCAACGGGUCAGAAUUAGAUGAUCGACUCAAAAAAAUGAUCGAGAUCUAUUGGCCUGACGAAAACUGAAGAUACAUACUUCGCUUUAUGUUGAACUAUAACAAAUGUCACAAUUUUUUUGUUUACUUUUUUUGACUCCAAAUCCGCGUUAUAUUAUCGUUAUUUUGCAUUGUUUGUCUUUGUUUUAAUCUAACAAAUUAUGUUAAUAAAGUUACAUGUUACCACUAAAAAUCUACAUAGUAGAUACAUUCUGAAAAUAAAAAUAACAACUAUAACAUUUUAUUUAAACCUUAAUAUUUUGUGAAGCAUUUAUGGUAUACAAAUAUAUUACAUUGAUUUAUCUAGGU